AUGGUUAUCAAGAACGAGCUUCAACAUCUUUGGGGAGCCAAAGCGACAUGGCAAUUGAUACCACUGGGAAAAGGAUAUUACACAAUGAUGUUUCACAACGCAGAGGACAAACUUCAAGCGAAAAGCAAGCCGAUAUGGGAGAUAUUUGGCGGGCACGUUCGGUUGAGAGAAUGGACUAAGAAUUUUGAUCCUUUUAAGGAGCAUUCUUCUUUGGCCAACGUUUGGGUCCGGAUUCAUUACUUGCCUAUUGAGUACUGGAACGUGGAGAUUCUUGCUGGAAUUGGUCGUUUUGUGGGUCACCCUCUCAAAAUUGAUGGGGCAUCUGUUCGUAGAGAUUUUGGGCAAUACGCUAGGCUUUAUAUCGAGAUUGAUUUGGCUAAGUCCCUUCCUACUACUCUUCUUAUUGAUGUUAAUGAUAUUUCCUUUCACGUGGAAUUUUCUUAUGAAUACAUCCCUUUGUAUUGCUCUAGUUGUAAAGUCACGGGACAUUCCCUUGAUAAAUGUCGUAAGGGCAAGCACGCUGGCGCUGGCGACAUGGAGAAUUUCACGGAUUCUCCGCUGGCGCAUAAAAGCAGUUCUAUUUCUCCGAGAUCGGGAGAAUACUUGGGAAGGCAGAAUCAUGUUGAUUUGGCUUAUUUUAAUUCUCAGAAUUCGUCGAGGCAGACGGUUUCUCUUGGAAGCAGGUCCCUCUCACCGCGGGCGGGAGUUGCGCAAAAUUCUUUGGGUAGAAAGAAUGAGAACAACAACAUACCUUCUCAAGUUCGAGAAGAAGCUUGUUUUUCUGAUGUUGUUGUUGAGGCUAGGCUAGGUUUGAUGCUGGAAAAUCCUCGGGAGAUUUCUCCCAAGCGCGACCAUGUUGUUGCUGCUUUAUAG